GUCACAUGUCAUCUGGGUAAAAAUAGCACGGUAGGUCACUGAAAUACCCCAACACACUCCGACGCAGGACUCAUAACUCCACGUUUCCAAUAAACAAGUUAGUGAACGCUGACUGAAAGCACUAGAACGACCUCCUCAGUUGAUUUUGGAUUUGCAGUAAGGAUGCGUUUGGAGAGGCUUGGGGUGCCCGUCUACGACCUGGGCUCUCUCCGCAGUCUCUGGGAGGUACGAACCCGGAAGUACAAACAGAGACAGAAGAAGGAGAAGGAGAGAGUGGAGAAGAGUGCUCUGGUCAAGAUCAACCAGCAGUGGCAGUACCGCGUGCACUGUAAGAGUCUGCGGGGCGGAGAGGUGGAUGUUCUGCAUCGUUACCUCGACAGAGACGUGCUCCUGGACGACAGCACAGACCCACAGCUCGCUGGCGCCGAGGGUGAACAGGACAGACUGGUUCUCAGGCUGGAAGGAGAACAGUGGAAGGAGUUCCCAAGCGAGCUGCAGUGGAUGUCCUACCUGAAGGAGUGGCAUGUGCGCUCUACCAGGAUCAGCCGCCUGCCAGACUUCCUGUUCGUAUUCAGCCAGCUCACCAACCUGCAGCUGCCCAAGAACGCCCUCAGCGAGCUGCCCCCAGAGAUAGGGAAGCUGCCCAUGCUAAAGGAGCUAAAUGCUAACUAUAACCGCCUAACCAAAAUCCCUCCGGAACUGGGGGGCUGUGAAAACCUGGAGAGACUGGAGCUCACUGGAAACUACCUGGCCCAGCUGCCCUUUGUGCUGAGCAGUCUGAAGAAGCUGGUUCACCUGGACCUUGCGGAGAACAAGUUCCCCACGGUGCCCAUCUGCGUGCUCAGGAUGAGCGGCCUGCAGGCCCUCGACAUGAGUAACAACCUGCUGACAGACCUCCCUGAGGACACAGACAGGUUGGAGCAGCUUCGCUCGCUGUUCAUCCACAAGAACCGCCUGUCAUACCUCCCUCACUGCCUCUCCAACAUCUCCAGCCUCAACGUCAUCGUCGUCAGCGGCGACGAACUCAACUGCAUCCCCACUCACCUCUGCUCGAACCCGGACAUCAAGUUUGUCCGUCUGUAUGACAAUCCAGGGACUGAGGCGAGGAAGAAGAAAGAGGAAGAGGAGAGGAAGAAGGGGAAGAGGAGGAGCUGGGAGGAGGGGACGAGGAAAGAUGGUUCAGAGAAAGAGUUUCUGCAGGCCUACAUGGAGUCACUGAAGGAUAGAGAAACCGUGCCCUAUUCCACCACAAAGGUGUCCAUCUCCUGCCUGCUGUGAGCAAGUGAUACGUUCGUCUCCAUGGCACCCUCCUGCCAGUUCAUUCAUUAUGAACGGGCAUAUAAUAUGAUACAACAAAUGAAAAAGUAGAGUAAUGAUCCAGUAUGGUUUGUUUAGUCGCAUCAUACUUUAUUCAUUCAAAUUCAUAUAUUAAGCUGAAUGUAAAAUAGGGCUGAAUGUAGUUAUGUAUUUUAUCUUUUUUUUUUUACAAAUGAACAAAAAUGUCUGAAGUUGUAGACUGUCGUUUUCACUGAUGUUUGUGUGAUUUGACCACACCUGCUCUGUAUUUUAUUCCCGAUAUGAAACAUUUCCUUUUUUAAUGUUACACAAUUGUUCCUAAGCUUUGCAUUGAUAUACAUGUAUACAUUAAACUGCUAUACAAAA